AUGGACCAGGCGAAGCAGCUCUCACUUUUCAGCGACAACGAAUUCGAGUCCAGAGCCCCUCAUGGCUUCCCAGUGGGCUGUCCCACGCUCGACGUGGCCACGACCUGGGACAGCGGCAGCAAGAACCUCUUCAUCUAUAGGCCCCCUGGCCAGGUCGUGUCCAAGAUCCAUCAAAUUUCUGCUCCCGGGGAGGCAGCCCCAGAGGCUGUCGCGGUGACCUGGAAACCUGACGGGCAGUUCCUGGCUGUGGGCUGGAGCGAUGGCGUCGUACGGCUCAUGGGACUGGAGAACAACAAGGCUGCUCACCAUAUCCCGGUCUGUGAGAAGUCGGAGACGAGCAUCACACACAUUGGCUGGGCCAGCAGCACAAUCUCAAACAAGACACCCAAGUCAACCUCUGGCCGACUCGCAGACAGCAUACCCGAGGACUGGGCUCACCAAGGAGACCAGCUCCCCGCCAACCUUCCCCUACAGCUCAAAUUUCUGGAGGUCGACACUGCGCUGCCCAAGAUCAGCCCCUUGCCCGCCAGCAGCGCGGGCGCAGACGAGGAUGCCACCGUCUUCACUUUGCGGACCGGCAUCGAGUUCCUGUUUCAGCCGCCAAAGCCAGAUGAAUACGACAAGGUCAACGUCAUGGUUGUUGGCACCAGCGACGGCAAGCUGCAGCUAAGCAUACACGACUCCUUCAUCAUCGGGGCAUUUCAGUGCCCGGCGGUGAGCCCUUCAACGACUUGCCAGAUGAUCCGCCAUGCGUCCCACCCAAACGUGUCGACACACGCGCUGGUGCUGGCGGACAAGGCCACCGAGCCCGAAGAGCUUCACCUUCUCCCUAUGGACCUGCCGUUCAUCUCAUCCUCGCCAAUCAACCUGUCUCUGCUGGCGUCCAAGUUGACCACGCUACAGAAGCUCUUGCGUUAUCUCAAGCAGACGCAGCUGCACAUGCUGGUCGAGUGGAAGAACGCCAGAGAACUGCCGAGUCGCUUCCUGCGAAGCGUCGAGGGCGACCUCGAGGAGAUGCAGAGCGGGCCGCGCGGCAUCGUUCCGGCAUUAUACCACACGGUCGUGACGGGCCAUGCCUACGGCCCUGUCCGCGAAUGGCUUGUCGACAGCCUUGCAGAACGGGGACAUAAGCGCUGGGACAAGGCCGUCGUGUCGGGCCUCGAGAACAUACGCAGCCUCGUCCACGAAAACUUCCUCCCGGCGCUCGAGCGUUGCGCCAUCAUCCUCGGCCGGCUGCGCGGCCUGGCUCAAUUCCACGACGAUCGCGACGACAUUGGCUUCUCCGUCAUGCAGAUCGGCAGAGUCCUGGACAUCAUCGGCUGCCUGACCCUCGUCGGCCACAGGAUCCUCACCCAGGUCAUGGAGGAGCUCGACCACUUUUCCGCGUUUUCCGUCUGGCUCCGCUUCCAGAUUGAUCGCCUGGCCACGAGCGCCGGCGAGGAGCUCGGCGAGAAGGAGGCGACCAUGGACAACUCCAAGGUGCUCACGUAUAUUGAAAAGUACCUCACCGGUAGCCCGCUCGGCGUGUUCUUCGACGACAUCUCGCGCGAGAACUGCUCCGCCGACUGGGACCACUGCGAGGAUGGGCCGAGCCUGCUGCAGAUGCUGGACCGGCAGCUCCAGCGACGCGAGGAGGGUCAGCUCAGCAUGAAGGCCCUACCGCAAGUCGACUUUCUCGUCAAUUACAUGACGAGCUGGUGCAGCCGCAUCUUCAGGGGCAUUGCCGAGUCCAAGAAAAGGAGUGUCAGGUUCGGCAAGUCCGUGCGGCUGUCGAUCGGACGCCCAAUCAGCAACAUGGACGUCAAGGUCUGCGAAGCCGAAAAGGGCGGCAUUAUAUACACAGCGCUCGCCAGCAAGGGCGACGACGCCAAAGUACACAUUCUUCGCGCCAGAAUCGACAUUGUUAAUGGCAUUAGUGCCAACCAGCCUGCUACGAGAUGUUGCGUCGACCUCGGUGACCGCCAACUCGUCGACUUUAAAUUUCUCAACGACAAGAACCUCGUCGUCCUCUGCAACCAGCCAGAUCACGUACCGGUUGUCAUCUCAAUCCCGGUUCAGUCGAAUGACCUUCUCUACGCUCCCCUCAGUGUAGACAGACCAGACGACAUUGGCAGCGUUUCGACGCAUGGCUUCGCCAAGUAUCGUCUUCCCGUGCAGCAGACGGCACGACCAGUGAGGAUGGAGGUGCAUGACAGGAGCGAUGUGCGGGGGGAAAUCCCAGAAAGAAUCUGCCUUCUCGGCAGCAACCGCACAACAUGGCAGACAUUCUCCAUGCCGCAUCAUAACCACUAA